GACUACCUUUCAUUGGGCAAUACAAGUGGUGUUAUUCGUUCCCCGAGAGACCAAAAGUAUUACCAAUUAACGAUGGCAGGCAAACUCCUACUGGUGACGAUCCUGUGCCUGAUGGGCGGCAGCGCCUUGGGCGAAGAUAUCUUGGAGGGCACCUACAAUGUGACCGCUUUCUGCACGGCGGUGAAGAUCGGAACCCAGCUGGGCAGCCUCGAGUCCUGCCAGAAGUACUAUGUCUGUCAGUCCACCGGCCCCGUUGUGGCCGAGUGUCAAACUGGCUAUUCCUACGACUACAAAAAGAGCACCUGCGCCCUGUCCAGCCAGGUGGAUUGCUACUACGGCGUUGCAGAGCCUUGUGCCGGAAAGAAUGGAACCUGGGUGCCGAACACCGCCGUCUGCGGCGGCUACUACUAUUGCGACAAUGGUGUUGGAAAGGCAGGAAGUUGCCCACCGAACCAAAUAUUCAACUCCGUCAAGGUCGCCUGCGACUGGGGAUCCUGCCAGUCCAACCUGGGCGAUAGCGAUGAGAUCGUUCUGACCUCGCUCUGCGAUGUGGCGCCCCCCAACCAGUACUUCGGCGACACCAAGGACUGUGCCACCUGGAACUUCUGCGUAUCCAACAGCAGUGGCGUCUUCCUGCAAACUGGCAAGUGCCCAACUGCCAACAAACAGGAUGUCUAUAACGCUGCCACCCAACAGUGUACCUACAACACGACUUCCGUGUGCACCCGUGUGACCGGAGUUCCCUUGAGCAGUGCCUCCACUUCGUGUUCUACGGAUGGAGAAAAGCAGGCAUCGGCCACCGUCUGUGGCACAUACUCGGUGUGCACGAAGGGCAAGUGGGUUCAGCAGUCCUGCUCCACUGGAUACUACUACGAUGUGCUUCAGAAGAUCUGUGUGACCCGCCAGUUGGCCACUCCCGAGCCGGGCUGCAACCGUUGCCAGUAUUCCGAUAAGCAGUUCGUGAACGCCGUCAACUCGGAGAACUGCUCCUCGUACUACUACUGCAACAGCAACAGAGAUGCCACCUUGCUCAGCUGCCCCGAAUCGUACUUCUUCAACGAGGCGGUGGGCGCCUGCAAGUCCGACGACGAGAUGGAAGCCUAUGUGAAGAACAACGGAGCCUGCUACGGAUCCAGUCUCACCACAACCAGCGAUACCACUGACGAUGGUGCCACUACGGUCGAUGAAUAAGCCGAAUCACCCAGUCCAGGAUUACUGAAAGGGAACUCGCCGACACGGGACAAUCUGCAAACACGAUCCUAUAUAUUUACCAUUUAGUAUUCAGCACCUAUAAAAGGCAAUAAAGCUAUGUUCGCAAGCAAA